UAACCCCGGCGCCGGUCGUGGGAUGCGCUGCGAAGGACGGACGGAUCCGGCCGGCCGACGAUGCGCAACCCGAGCCUCGUCGCGUCUACUCGGGAGUAAGCCUUCAGCCUGGCUUACUCGCAGGGCAACAUACACAGGAUUGCACCCUUAACACUUGGAUUCCUCAGUUGGCUCUCUUUGACCUUACUGCUAGGAAAGCAGAGAAAGGGUUCUCUCCUUUAAAAAAAAGACCUUAUUUUACUUAUUUUUUCUUCUAUGAAGAAGAAAACUGAGUAUGUUUACGGAAUAAUUAAUCUGUUAAAGCUAAGUGUUUUUAAAGCCUGCAAGCCUGGAAGUACGUCCCCAUAGCAGGCAGUGCAGUUUACUUCUGAGUAGCUUGAUUAUAGCUGAUGCGAUUGCGGGCCAGAGAGAUCAUUUUGUGGGAUGAGUCGUGGGCCCUCAAUUUGUUCAGUCAGUUUGGUACCACAAAAUUGAAGCUGGGUAAAUAUGGUUUCCUCCAGGAAGACUUAGAUGAACAUUUGCUCUUUUCACCUCCGGUAAAAUUAGGGGAAGAGGUAGGUUCGGCAUUGACACUUCUCGCCUUUGUGUUUUUUGGUGUAACAGAGAAAUAUGAACUACAUCGUUCUUUCGUUCUAAUUUAAUCUUUCUUUCCCCUCUUCCUGCUCGAAAAGAAGACGAUUGUGGGUGGAAGCUGAGCAUUGCAACCUACUUUCCUCCAUUAUUGCACUUGUUUUUAUUCUAAUGAACAAGAAGAGUAACCUUUCUGCAUGGGAUAUGCAGAACAAUAAGUUCUUGUAUUGUUUCCCUGCAAAACAAAAUGGAUGCUGGUGGCAGCCACCACAAAGUUUCUGUUUCUCCUGUUGUCCAUGUUCGAGGGCUCUGUGAAUCUGUUGUAGAGGCAGACCUCGUGGAGGCUCUUGAAAAGUUUGGAACCAUAUGUUAUGUUAUGAUGAUGCCAUUUAAGCGCCAAGCUUUGGUAGAAUUUGAGGAUAUUGAAAGUGCCAAAAAGUGUGUAACGUUUGCAGCAGAUGAGCCAGUGUAUAUCGCUGGGCAACAAGCAUUUUUCAAUUAUUCUACAAGCAAAAGAAUUACUCGUCCAGGAAACACAGAUGACCCGUCUGGUGGGAACAAGGUUCUGCUCUUAUCAAUUCAGAAUCCUCUGUAUCCAAUUACAGUGGAUGUCUUAUAUACAGUGUGCAACCCUGUUGGGAAGGUACAGCGUAUUGUCAUAUUCAAGAGGAAUGGAAUACAAGCCAUGGUUGAAUUUGAAUCUGUUCUUUGUGCCCAGAAGGCAAAAGCAGCACUCAAUGGGGCAGAUAUAUAUGCAGGAUGCUGUACACUAAAAAUUGAAUAUGCACGGCCAACUCGACUUAAUGUCAUUCGAAAUGACAAUGAUAGUUGGGACUAUACUAAACCAUAUCUAGGCAGACGAGACAGAGGAAAAGGUCGCCAGAGGCAAGCUAUUUUGGGAGAACAUCCCUCAUCAUUUAGGCAUGAUGGUUAUGGCUCACAUGGUCCUCUGUUACCGCUACCAAGCCGAUACAGAAUGGCAUCUCGGGAUACUCCGGAGCUGGUUGCGUAUCCACUUCCCCAAGCCUCCUCAUCUUACAUGCAUGGGGGGAACCCCUCAGGUUCUGUGGUCAUGGUCAGCGGAUUGCACCAGCAAAAGAUGAACUGCUCAAGAGUCUUCAAUCUGUUCUGUUUGUAUGGAAAUAUUGAAAAGGUGAAGUUUAUGAAGACUAUUCCAGGAACUGCAUUAGUGGAAAUGGGUGAUGAAUAUGCUGUUGAAAGAGCAGUCACACAUCUCAAUAAUGUAAAAUUAUUUGGAAAGAGGCUUAAUGUUUGUGUGUCCAAACAGCAUUCAGUUGUUCCUAGUCAGAUAUUUGAGCUGGAAGAUGGGACAAGCAGUUACAAAGAUUUUGCAAUGAGCAAGAACAAUCGCUUUACCAGUGCUGGCCAGGCAUCCAAGAAUAUCAUCCAGCCACCUUCUUGUGUGUUGCAUUACUACAAUGUUCCACUCUGUGUGACUGAAGAGACCUUUGUAAAGUUGUGUGAUGAUCAUGAAGUCCUGUCUUUUAUCAAAUACAAAGUGUUUGAUCCAAAACCUUCAGCCAAAACACUCUCUGGUCUGUUGGAGUGGGAAUGCAAGACAGAUGCAGUGGAAGCUCUUACAGUACUUAAUCACUACCAGAUAAGAGUCCCAAAUGGCUCUAACCCAUAUACCUUAAAGCUUUGCUUCUCUACUUCCUCCCAUUUGUAGAGCAGAGGACAACGCCUUAGGGGCUCCUUCCAUCUUUAUUUACAAACCUGAAACAAUAUGUUUGCAGGCACUAAACUACUUGCUCAGUUUUCUUGUCUCAAUCUAACUUAAGUUUGUUUUAUAAUAAAUGAAUGUGUUUAAACACCAAAAUUUUCUUUGACUCCUAAAAGUAACGUGUUAGUAUAUUAUGUAGAACUUAUUAACUUGUGUAACUGUUAUCUACAAGUGUUUGAAUUGCCUUGUGGGUAGCAUGUGCAAAGAAAUUGUAUACUGUUCCAGAUCUUAAACCAUAGUUUCCAUACAAAAGUAAAAUGUACAAUUCCAUUUAUGAUGGAUAUUUCCCACUUAAGCUUAAAUGACAAGUAGUAUUAUUAUAUUGGAAUAUAAGCUGUAAAGUUCCUAGUUACUACUUUUGAUUAAAGUAUAUGUGCUGCAACAAUUCUAAAAUCAGAGUUGCAUUUAUAAAGCCUUUUCAAAUUACACAAACUGAUUUUAGUUAUGUAAUGGUAUAUGAUUUUUAAAGAAAAGUUUACAGAAUACCUUUUCUGCAGAAUGAAUUUAAUCAUACUUUAAAUAGUGUCUUUUCAGAAUAAUUUUCCACUCACAUUAGCAUGAUGUCCUUAUUGCUAAUAUUAACCUGGAAACUACUGGCAAAAGUAAUAAAUCCUCAAAACUGAACAAA